AUGACUGCAACUCCGGCGACGACGUGGCGUGACAUCGAUGACCUUCCUAAGAUUCCGGCGAACUACACGGCGCUGACGCCGCUCUGGUUCUUAGAUAGGGCUGCGGCGAUUCAUCCGACGAGGAAAUCGGUGAUUCACGGAUCUCGGGAGUACACGUGGCGGCAGACUUAUGAUCGGUGUCGCCGUCUCGCCUCCGCUCUCGCCGAUCGAUCAAUCGGACCCGGUUCGACGGUGGCUAUAAUCGCGCCGAACGUUCCAGCAAUGUACGAAGCUCAUUUCGGAGUACCAAUGUCUGGAGCUGUCUUGAAUUCUGUCAACAUCCGUCUCAAUGCACCAACAAUCGCUUUCCUUCUCGGCCAUUCGCAGAGCGCUGUAAUAAUGGUGGAUCAAGAGUUCUUUACUCUGGCAGAGGAAUCUCUGAGACUUAUUGAGGAGAAAGCUGGAAGUAGCUUCAACCGCCCGCUCUUAAUCGUCAUUGGUGAUCACACAUGUCCACCUGAGUCACUUAACCAUGCUUUAUCGAAAGGAGCUAUAGAGUACGAGAAAUUUCUUGAAACCGGAGACCCAAAUUAUCCGUGGCAGCCACCAGCUGAUGAGUGGCAGAGCAUUGCCCUUGGUUACACCUCCGGAACAACUGCUAGCCCGAAAGGAGUUGUGCUUCAUCAUCGAGGCGCGUAUCUAAUGGCUUUGAGCAAUCCUCUCAUUUGGGGAAUGCAAGAAGGUUCUGUUUACUUGUGGACUCUCCCGAUGUUCCAUUGCAACGGUUGGUGUUUCGCUUGGUCCCUUGCUGCGCUCUCUGGUACAAGCAUCUGUCUCCGUCAGGUCUCGGCGAAGGAAGUGUAUUCAAGUAUAGCCAAGUACAAGGUUACUCAUUUCUGUGCGGCGCCUGUGGUCCUCAACACUAUUGUCAAUGCUCCCCAAGAGGACACUAUCCUUCCUCUUCCCCAUACGGUCCAUGUCAUGACCGCAGGAGCUGCUCCUCCACCUUCUGUUCUCUUCUCCAUGAACCAGAAGGGCUUUCGAGUCACUCACACCUAUGGGCUUUCUGAGACUUACGGUCCUUCCACUGUAUGUGCUUGGAAGCCCGAGUGGGAUUCCCUCCCUCCUGAGAAGCAGGCCCAGCUCAAUGCCCGUCAAGGUGUCCGCUACAUUGGCAUGGAGCAGCUUGAUGUCAUCGACACUCAAACCGGAAAACCUGUUCCUGCCGACGGAAAAACCGCUGGAGAGAUUGUUUUCCGAGGGAACAUGGUGAUGAAAGGCUAUCUAAAGAACCCGGAAGUGAACAAAGAGACGUUUGCUGGUGGGUGGUUCCACUCGGGGGAUAUCGCAGUGAAACAUCCAGACAACUAUAUCGAGAUCAAGGACAGGUCAAAGGACAUUAUAAUCUCUGGAGGUGAGAAUAUCAGCAGUGUGGAAGUCGAAAACGUCGUGUACCAGCACCCAGCGGUUCUUGAAGCCUCUGUUGUUGCCAGGCCAGACGAGCGAUGGCAAGAAUCCCCGUGCGCCUUUGUGACACUUAAGAGCAGUUACGAGAAGCAUGACCAGAAUAAGUUGGCUCAGGAUAUAAUGAAAUUCUGCCGGGAGAAGCUACCGGCGUAUUGGGUCCCAAAGUCAGUGGUGUUUGGGCCAUUACCGAAGACUGCUACUGGAAAAAUUCAGAAGCAUAUUUUGAGGGCUAAGGCCAAAGAGUUGGGACCAGUACCAAGAAGCAGGUUAUAG